AUGAUGUUUCUUGACGGUUGCUUCAUUCUAGUGUUUAUCAUGUGGUUUCUGGGAGUAAAAGAGUAUUAUGAUAUAGGGAUGAAUAAUAAUGAGAUAGCUAAUGUCAAGCGAGACUUGUUCUUGUUAGAGAACCAACUCCCUCACAUUGUUCUCGAGAAGUUAAUGGAGGUCCAUGAAGAAUAUGAAUUAUGUAAAAGGGAGAAGAUAUUUAAAAAUUUGAUCACUAACUGUGGAAGACAUCCUCCUGCAGAACAAGAAUUUGAACGUCCCUCUCACCUUCGUCAGGUGCGGGAUAUGAUACCCUCAGCUCUUUUAGACAUGGUGGGCCACUGCAUGGGAAUCCGGUCCAGCCCCAAAAAAAGAGCCACCCCAAGUGCUACCAGUGAUUGGUACUCUUAUCAUUCAGCCAGGGUGCUCAAUUCUAAGGGAAUCUGGUUCAGACCAAACAGAACAGGUAGUUCUAGGGAUGUCAAGUUUGAAUCUCAACUGUUCAUCAGGGGAGUGCUUACACUUCCUCCAAUACGCAUAGAUGCCUCCAUCAUAUCCCUGCUGCUCAACUUGUUGGCUUUCGAAUCAAACUAUACGUACUUGGACGAGAAGCAGGGUGUCACCUCCUAUAUGUGCUUCAUGGACUCACUUAUUGACAAUGCUGACGAUGUGAUGAUCCUAAGAUCCCAGAACGUCAUCGUCAAUUGCUUGGGAACCGACCAAGAUGUAGCAGAUCUAUUUAACUGCAUAGCAAGCAAUUUGGUCACAAACCCUGAUAUUUAUGCUGAAGCUAAGUUUGGAAUUCAAGAGUACCGCGAUAGCAAGUUCAAGAUAUGGAUGGCAGAAUUAUCUAUAGCUUUCACAUUAGGUGGAAAGCUUCUUUCUUCUACUAAGGAGGUGGAAGAAUGCAGUCUUUCUACCUGUAUUGACAGCUUGCACGUGUAG